UAAUCAUCAUGCAACUAUCGACACACUCACACACACGCAAAUUGGGUUGAUCUCUCUCACCUCUGUUUCCGUUCUGUAUAUAAAUGGAUCUCUGCUUUUUCAUCCCUUACGAUCACGCCGACUCUCUCACUCCAAUAUUUUACAAGGUGGAGGUGAAAUGGCCGCAGCUCCACACCCACAGUGCACGACAAGUAACGACGCGAACAAUUCUUCCAAUGAACACUCAAUCGAUGAUAUUGAAUGUGACCAGAUUGUUGUCCCAGAUAAAAAGGGGUGGAAGAAGUUUUUGGCAUAUUUGGGUCCAGGAUUUCUUGUUUCUAUUGCUUAUAUUGAUCCUGGAAAUUUUCAAAGUGACCUCCAAGCAGGAGCUCAGUACAAAUAUGGGUUACUGUGGAUUAUAUUGGUAGCUUCAUUUGCUGCUGUUAUUGUCCAAAUGCUGGCAGCAAACCUUGGAAUUGUUACAGGAAAGCAUUUAGCUGAACACUGUCGACAAGAGUAUCCAAAGAUCUUGAGUUUUAUCUUGUGGAUUAUAGCCGAAAUAACUAUAGUUGCAUGUGACAUCCCCGAAGUGAUUGGAACGGCUUUUGCACUGAACAUGCUCUUCAAUAUAGUGUUAUGGUGUGGCGUGCUAAUCACUGGCCUGAGUACAUUGGUCCUACUAUUACUGCAGCAAUACGGGGUGAGGAAACUUGAGAUCUUUAUUGCUUUGCUUGUGUUCACAAUUGCUGCAUGCUUCUUUGUGGAGCUUGGAUAUGCAAAACCUAAAUCAUCGGAAGUUUUACAUGGUCUUUUCGUUCCACAACUUGAAGGAGAUGGAGCCACUAAGCUAGCUGUCUCACUUCUUGGUGCUAUGGUUAUGCCGCAUAAUCUUUUCCUCCACUCGGCACUUGUCCUUUCUAGGAAAAUCCCCCGGUCUUUCAAUGGCAUCAAGGAUGCAAGAAAAUUUUAUUUGAUGGAAAGUGCAUUGGCAUUAAUGGUGGCAUUUCUGAUCAACGUUUCAGUUAUUUCAGUUAGUGGUGCGGUUUGCAAUUCACCAAAUUUGGACACUGCUGACAAACUCAAGUGCCAAGACUUGGAUUUGAACAAAGCUUCAUUUUUGCUUAAAAAUGUUCUUGGUAGAUGGAAUUCCAAGCUUUUUGCAAUUGCUUUGUUGGCUUCCGGACAGAGUUCUACCAUUACCGGGACAUAUGCUGGACAAUAUGUCAUGCAGGGGUUUCUAGAUUUGAAGCUGCAGCCCUGGAUUAGGAACUGUCUGACUCGAUGCUUAGCAAUUAUCCCAAGCCUUAUUGUUGCGAUCAUCGGCGGGUCGAAUGGUGCUGGAAACCUAAUUAUCAUUUCAUCGAUGAUUUUAUCGUUUUCGCUUCCUUUUGCUCUCAUUCCUCUUUUGAAGUUCACAAGUAGUAGAUUGAAGAUGGGUGUACACACCAACUCAUAUUUUAUUUCAGCCUCAACAUGGGUUAUCGGGGCUCUUAUAAUAGGCAUCAACGUGUACUAUCUAGUAGAGAAAUUAGUUAUAUCUCUCCGUAGCAGCCAUCUUAAAUUUGUGGGAACUGUGUUUUGUGGAAUCUUGGGAUUUUCAGCCAUGCUCGUGUAUUUGGCCAGCAUUGCUUACUUGGUGAUUCGGAAGAACAAGGAAGGUGGUGCGCACUUGCUAGCAUUGACCACGUCUGAAAUCCCUGCUACCACCAUUGCUUCCGGUGACUUUUCCGUACAUUGUGAUGCAGGGAAAAUUUGCAAAACAAAUAUCAAUAGUGCCUCAAAGGUUUAGGAUUUCGAAUGUGAAGAGCAAGUUUAUUAUUAAUAUUAUCAAGGAUUAAAGAUGGUGUUGGAAACAUGAUAUUGAUACGCUAUUAGUGUACAUAAAUUGUGAAUGAAGUUUUAUGUUUGCAUUACCCUUUUAUAGUGAUUCACAAAAUCUAAGGCAAGAUGUAUGCUAAAUAACGUGUUUCGAAAUAUUAUGUUAGUUGGGUUGA